CCUGUCCUCCCCGUCGCUGGCUGAUGACGUGUUCCUGAUAACUGUAAUCAAUAAUGCUGCAAAUGAAACUGCAGGGGCAGGAAUAGAGUGUUUUUUCUGAACGUGGGGAGAUAAACCAUUCCGAGAUGAACAACAGAACAUCCUACUUUUAUGACCCGGACGUGGGCAACUUUCACUACGGUGCUGGCCACCCUAUGAAGCCUCACCGUCUGUCCCUCACUCACAGCCUGGUGUUGCAUUAUGGACUGUAUAAGAAAAUGAUGGUGUUCAAGCCAUAUAAAGCCUCACAACACGACAUGUGUCGCUUCCACUCGGAAGAUUACAUCGACUUCCUGCAGAAGGUCAGUCCCAACAACAUGCAGGGCUUCACCAAGAGCCUGAACACCUUUAACGUGGGAGACGACUGUCCUGUGUUUCCAGGUUUGUUUGAGUUCUGUUCAAGAUACACAGGAGCAUCUUUACAGGGAGCAACGCAGCUCAACCACAAGAUCUGUGACAUUGCCAUCAACUGGGCGGGAGGUUUGCAUCACGCCAAAAAAUUUGAGGCAUCAGGGUUUUGUUACGUCAACGACAUUGUCAUCAGUAUAUUGGAGCUUCUGAAGUACCACCCCAGGGUGCUGUACAUCGACAUAGACAUCCACCACGGAGACGGCGUCCAGGAAGCCUUUUACCUCACAGACCGAGUCAUGACCGUGUCCUUCCACAAAUACGGGAACUACUUCUUCCCAGGAACCGGUGACAUGUACGAGGUGGGAGCGGAGAGCGGCCGGUACUACUGUCUCAACGUUCCUCUCCGCGACGGGAUAGACGACCAGAGCUACAGGCAGCUGUUCCAGCCAGUCAUCAAGCAGGUGGUGGACUUCUACCAGCCCACCUGCAUCGUCCUGCAGUGCGGAGCAGAUUCUCUGGGCUGUGACAGAUUAGGCUGCUUCAACCUCAGCAUACGAGGACACGGUGAGUGUGUGGAGUUUGUAAAAAGUUUUAAGAUUCCCCUGCUGGUCCUGGGAGGGGGAGGAUACACCGUGAGGAACGUGGCUCGCUGCUGGACCUUUGAGACGUCUCUGUUGGUGGACGAACCCAUCAGCGACGAGCUGCCGUACAGCGAAUAUUUUGAGUACUUUGCUCCAGACUUCACGCUGCAUCCGGACGUCAGCACCAGAAUAGAAAACCAGAACUCCAGACAGUACUUGGACCAGAUCCGUGUGACGGUGUUUGAGAACCUGAAGAUGCUGAACCACGCUCCCAGCGUGCAGAUCCAUGACGUGCCGUCAGACCUGCUGAGCUACGAGCGCACCGACGACCCCGACCCCGACGAGAGGGGGGCCGAGGAGAACUACACCAGGCCGGAGGCAGCAAACGAAUUCUACGACGGUGACCAUGACAACGAUAAAGAGAGCGAUGUUGAAAUCUGACCGGGGUCUGCAAACGAGGGAUUUACUGCAGAGCAGCACCGUGACCGGACACGCGUCCCGGAGGACUGAACGAACUAAACACUCUCAGCUCAGGCCGGCGUCGUGCUCGUACCUCAUUUUCCUGAGAUCUUUUGCUUUGUUUUUGCAACAAGAAGAACAUUAUGUGACUUAUGUGGGACGUAUCUUUCAUGAUGGACGCUGAAACUUGAUGUUUGUCCUGUAUUCAACCGUCUCUGUGUCUCUUUGACAUGUUUUUUAGUUUUUGCCACCUGUAACGAGGUAAUAAUGUCACAGACUCAUCUGAACCGGAAGCGAAACCCGUUUAAAUCUCCGCUCGGUUCACGUGCCUUACAGUUCUGAGAGGUGGAUUACUCUCGUGGAGCUGGGCACCGGACUACCAUCGCAUCUGAACCUCUCACCGCUGGACACGAGCCGGUCCCACCAAGAACUCCUGUUUCCUUCUUUAGUCUCGGCUUCUCAUGGAUGUACGAGUCAGUAAUUCCAGCUGAGAGAGUCGCGUAGACCAGGACAGUAAAUGACGAAGCUGCAGGUCUGAGUGCAGCUUCCUGCACAAGGGCGUGUUACACUCCGGUUCAGAGGAAGAUUUUGUGUCAUCUGUAGUCCUCUUUAAGGCAGAAACUUUUGUGACUUUUUGAUAAUUAGUUUGUAAUAAAAUAUAAA